AUCUCAGUGGAGAAAUGUCAAUGGUGUCAGAAGUUACUGAAGCUAUUCUCUUACCCAAAGCAAACAUGAUCUAGCAUUCAGAGAUGUUUGAGGUCCCAACGCCUCCUCACUUGGCUCUGGUAACGCCAGGAUUAAGUCUUUCUUCUCUUUUAUUUACAUCCCUCGUUAUGCGACAAUAAUGAGUGAGGAGGCAGUUCCUCUGCACCCGUAAUUGGAACGCAAUCUCAGCAAUGCAUGUUGGCUCGUACAGAGGAACAUGUGCAGGAAAGAGAAGCCGAUAAGCUCUUGAACCUAGUGGCUUUUCCGCAAUCAUUGGAAACUAAUUCUAUGACUUUGAUGACUUUUUUUGCAUGUGGGCUGCAAAAUGUAGCAGUUUGAAAUCUCACGGAGAGGAUGGCUUUCGAGGGGCCGGAAAAGGGAGGGGAGAACAUGGAAAAUGAGAGAAUGCAAGUAGUUGUCAGUGUUCAGUCAAUAUUUGUUUGAGGAACUUUAAUAGGAAUCAUGGUGUUGUGAUAGUGUUCGAUUGGGGAGUAUGGCCCAGAGAAGGUAUAAUCAUGUUAGGAAGAGCCCCAAGAAAGAGAAAAAACAACCAGUGUAUGUGGAGCUUUACAUCUUGGAUGAGCAAGAGAGGGUACAGAAGAAAACCUUCACAAACUGGAUGAACUCUCACCUUGCCAAACAUGACCCACCACAUAAGAUUGAUGAUCUCUUCCGUGACAUCCAGACAGGAACAGUACUAUUGGCACUCCUCGAGAUACUCUCAGGAGAAGCUCUGCCUUAUGAAAGAGGACGUCACAUGAGAAGAGUGCAUUGGAUGUCAAAUGUGAACACAGCUCUCAAGUUUCUUCAGGAUAAAAAGAUCAAGCUUGUGAACAUCAAUGCUGGUGAUAUUGUAGAUGGACGUCCACCGAUUUGUCUUGGUCUUAUCUGGACCAUUAUUCUCUACUUUCAGAUUGAAGCCAAUUCAAGUAUGAUGGAUGCCCUUGCUGAGUAUGAUUCAAGCAGUGUUGGUAGCUCAGCAGCCUCCAGUCCAGCAACGUCCAGACGAGGGUCUGAUUCGACCGAACCUCCUCCUAUGAAGAAGGCUUUCAGGGCGGCAUCCAAACUGAAACAGAAGGUUACUGCCAAGAAAGCACUCCUCAAUUGGGCUAAGAAGGCUUCUAAAGCUCUAUCAGUACCUGGUGGCCCAACUGUGGAGAUCAAAGAUUUUGGACCUAGUUGGAGAGAUGGUAAUGCCUUCAACAUGCUGAUUCAGAACAUCCAGCACGGUCUGAUCGACCUGCAGUCUCUUGGUGGUCAGACCAACUUGGAAAGGUUGGAACAAGCCUUUAAUCUAGCAGAAGAGAGGCUGGGAAUUGCUAAACUCCUGGAUCCAAAUGAUGUUGAUGUUGACAAGCCGGAUGAGAAGUCAAUCAUGACUUACGUCUCUCAAUUCUUCACUGCUUAUCCUGAUACAGGGUCCUCUGCAAAGAAAAAAGAAACAGAGGAAGAUGGUGAUGAAGAGAAGGCUGUUUGUAAACAACUCAACGACUGUCUGAGUGUAGAGGAAGCUGUAUUAGCAACAAAACAACCUGCUACAUCAACAUCAUUGUCAGAAUAUCAGAGAUUUGUUGAGUUUGAGAAGGAACAUAAGAAGAGCAAUCAGAUGAUGAUGAAGCUAAUCGACAAGAAGAGGAAGAAAGUCUUUGUUAUGAUGACCACCGAGGAGUGCGACGUCUUGAUCGAGAGAUGGACGAAGGUGGCGGGAGACUACGAAGAAUGGAGGAAGAGGCUGGAGAACGACAUGCCUGGAGAACUGGGUCGGCUUGGAGCCUGGUUGAAUAGAGCAGAGGAGUUGUUAAAGAAGAGAGAGGUGGAGCCGCUGGAGUCACAGGAUGCUACCUGGAGCCAGAUGAAGAGGAGACUUGAGGAGCACAAGGAUCACUUCAAAGAUGCCAACUCCGUUCAGCAGUCCUUUACUAGAAUCCACCUCCAAGGAAUCAAGGUGGAUGGCCAAGACAUCCCACAAUCUAUGCUUGAUUGUAUGGCCGAGAGGUUUAUUGUUGUCAUGGAAACAAAGGAUUCCCACAGAUGGCACCUUGAAUACGAGGAAAUUAAAUAUCGUCUGCUGGCAUUUGUUGUGAUGGCAGAGAAGAAACUUCAGACAUGGACUGUGAAAUAUGGGGAUGCGCAAGAAGUGAAAAGAUUACUGCAGAGUUAUGUGGAUUUUGUGGAUUCUGAGAACUUCUUUGAGCAGUAUGAUCAGACAUUUAAAUUACUGGAGGAAGCCACUGGAAUAUAUGUUGCCAAUUUGAAACAUGCUGAGGAAAAAGAGGUUUGCAAGCGAUUUGUUGUUGAUAUGGAAUUGAAAAAGAAGAACUUGACAGUUGAAGUAGCAUCAGUCAAAGCCAUGUUGGAGAAGGUCACUGAGAAUUGGAGGUCAUACAGGUCAGAGGUCAUUGACCUCCAACCUUGGUUAAAGGAAGCAGAGAGGAUUAUCAGCCAUGGAACUCAAGAUAAUAAAGUGGCAUUUUUUGCCAACCUAAAUGAGAUGACUCCAAAAUACACUGCAUUGAAUCACCAUGGAAACUUCCUUGUGGAGACCUGCAAGCCAGACGUGUCACAAGAAGUUCAGCAACAACUCAAUCUACUCAACACUAAAUGGAACCAAGUAUACAGUCAAGGAAAGAUGUAUAUGCAGACUGCAGAAGGGGACAAGAUAAGGAAAGAGUUUGACAGUGAACUAUCAUCAGUGAGUUCAUGGCUUGAACUCUCUUCCCAGGCUUCUAAGAAGGUUGUACCUUGUACGCAGGAGGCAUUGCUCACCAAUCUGAGGCAAUUGGAUGAAGCAAUCGGGGAGGUCUCAGGUCAAGAGCGUUCCUUCAAACACCUCUCUGAGCUAGCCCAAGAGAUGGUUAAAUCAUGCUCUCAGCAACAAGCAACUCAAAUACUGGCUGCACUCAGGCACGUCAAGGAAAAUCUCAAAGAUGUCAAGGAAUCAAUGCCUGAGAGGAAGAGAGUGAUUGGUGAGAUUCUGAAACUGAUGGGUCAGUUUGAAGAUGGAAUGGGAGCAGUACAAGAUUGGAUCCAAGAAGCAGAAAGACUUCUUAAUGAACCAACCAAACAUGUUUCAACUAUGAACAUCACACUUAAAAAGCACAAAGACCACUUUGCCAAGGCACCUCUUGUUCAGGUCAAACUGAAGGAGAAAGGUCACAUUGUAACUUACAUCAUCAACAUGAAAUGUACCUACAUUGAUACCACCAUCAUGGAGUCUCAAGUAUCAACCCUCAAUAUCAGAGUGGAGGACUGUCUGAGGAAAGAAGCAAAUUUUGAGAGCCAGGUCUCAAUAGACAUGGAUAGCUGGUCUAGAUUUAAAGCUCAUGAGGCAGAGUUGAAGAAUUGGCUGACAUUGGCUGAGAAAGAACUACAGGUUAGACAGGGUACACCAAGGCAACAAAUGGAAAAACAUAAGGUUAUGUUUGAGGAUGCCGAACCCCAAGUGAUGACAAAGUUCUUAGAAGUCUGCCAGACUCUAUUCCAUGCUUUACCAGCUGAUAACAGGAAGGAGGUAGAGACUAGGAUGAAUAUACUUCAAGAGAGAUAUCAGACUGUUCACAAGGAAGCCCAAAGGAGAGCAAAUGAAUUGCAGUUUGAAGAUGUUUGCAUUCAGCUCAAAGAUCAAUUUGAUGCUGCUGAGAAACAACUUGAUCUUGAGAGACAAGCCUUGAAAGCAGAUCAACCUCUCGAGAAAGUUCUCCAGGAACAUCAGGAGUUCUUCCAAGACUCUCACUUGUUGACAGCCCUCGCUGGUAAGAUGCAUGUCCUGGAUACCUUGCAAUCUCAGAUGGCUAGGAUGAACCCUCAACAGGCUGCACAGAUGGCCCAAGUCUUUGCUCAAAACCAGCGGAGAUAUGAACAAGUACUAGAAGGAGCUGAAGGUCUAGAGAACAGACUAAGCCAAGCACCAAAGAGAUGGAGGCAGUAUGAAGAAGAUAUUGGGAGAGUCACAACGUGCACCGAUGCAAUGAGAUUUACUUUACAGGCUUUAGAAGACGCUGAUACUGUAGAUGAUACAGAACAAGCUGCAUCUAGUAUUCAGGACUUUCUUGAUGCCAGUCUCAUCUCCCAAGACAUACUUCGCCAGCUUCAAGGUGAUUUAGCAGAUCUGAGUGAAGACAUCCCAAAAGAAAAGGCCCAGGAGCAGCGAAGCAGGUUGGAUACCGUGUCUUCCGAUCUCGUUGCCACAAAGGCAUCACUAGAGAAUGCUUCCAGUAAGGUGUCUUCAAAGAAGAUAUGGCUGGAGUACAGGGAUGGCAGUCAGGUUCUUAGGAGUGAAUUGGAUGAUGUCAGCAAGCAAGUGAGAGAAACUAGCACCUGGUGUGAUGUCCCAUCAUUGGAAGAGUGUUGUAAGAGGCAGGAGGCUUUGGAGGAUACAAUGAAGGGAUUAAAACCAAAAGUUGACGAACAACUCCAGAAUGGUCAAUCACUUCAGAAAGAGCCAGACUGUCCAAGGUAUGUGAGUGAGCUGACCAUCAUACUGGAUAAAGAGUGGACUCAAACAAAGGAAGAAACUCAGCAGCAGUCACACAAACUCAAGGAAUGUUCUAUGGUGUUUCCCAAGUACGAGGAAGAGAAGAAGCAUUUUGAUGACAUGACAUGUGAUUGUGAAGCUGAGAUCAGUAAACCACUUCCUCCCCCUACUCCUGGCAAACAAAUUGUACAAGAAGAGGUUUCCAGCUGUCAGGAAAUAUCCACCUCUAAUGAGAGAUGUAAGUCGAUUCUUACCAAGCUGGACCAACUUGCCGAGCAACUCGCCCCUGUAGCUCCUACCCCUGUUUGUGAGACUAUUCAUAAGGACAUCAUUGACAGGCAGGCCAAGUGUACAAAUAUCAAACAGGAGCUUGAUAGGAGACUAGCAAGCCUUAACAAACUGUCAGAUGACUGGGAUAGUCUUGACUCUAGAAAAUCUGAGUUUGUAGAAUGGUUGGAGGCAUAUAGAAACAAACUUGAUGAAGUAGAAACAUCUCACGAGACCCCUGAUCAGAUAUACUCCACUGCUAAGGACCUAUUGGCUGAUAUAAGUGCCAAGUACCCAAGCUUUGAAGACCUUGAAAAGUGUCUUCAAGAGCUGAUCUCUUCUUACCCUCGCUCUGUGGCUGUUCUCGUCCUGGAGUCUGAUGUCACCAGUCUCCGCAGCCAAUGGGAAGAGCUCUCUGACAGGGCCAAGGCUCUUGAUCUUUCCCUGUCUGACCAGGUGUCCAAGUGGAAUCUGUACCAAAGGUCUGUCCAGGAGCUGUCAGGGUGGCUGACUGAAGCAGAAAGGAGACUGAAGGCUGUCUCAGAGGAGCCCUGCGAUUCAGCUCAAGAUGUGCAGCAGUGUAAAGAUCAGGUUCAGAAUUUAAGAGAACAGUUCACUGAGAAGCAAGCCAUUAUGCUGACAAUCAGAGAAUGCAGGCCAGAAUCUAGUGAUGAUGACGAGUUAGAACACAGAUGGAACACCCUGGAUGAUGCAAUCAGUAAGAGCCUUGCCCAGAUUGAGAAGCUAGGAUCCUUGUGGGAGGAGUACCAUGGUCUAUCUAAGGAGACAGGGACCUGGAUGGAGGAUAUGGGCAGGAGGUUGGAGAAAGAGUGUGCCGAGGUUGUCGGAAACACGGAACAACUCAGUGAAAGACAUCAUCUUUUACAGGACAUGAAAGAUGAGUGCCAAAGUCAGAAUGCCAAAAUAAACGAGGUCUUGACUUUGACUCAAACCCUUAAUCAGUACUGUUCCCCAGUGGGCAAGGAGAGAUUGGGAACCGAAGCAAACCAUGUGUCCUCUGAGUAUAACAGACUGCUGGCAUUGCAGAGCACUGGUGUGUCAAUACUAGAUGAAGUCCUGGCUCAGAGAAAGAGGUUUAGAGACAGCAUGGGAGCUCUUGAAGACGUGCUUCAUCAGCAGGAAGCAGUGGUAGAUGAGCAGAAAGAAUUGGGAAGAGAUGAAUUGAAAAGCUGCCUUCCUGCAAUUGAGAAACAAGACUCUGUCCUUGCCGAAGCAUCUCAAGACUUGAAAUCCUUGGAGUCUGACCUGGAACCCAUCUGCAAGCAUUGUGACUCUGGUGAAACUCUGACCUACUCCCACCAAGUGACCGGUCUAAACAAGAAACUGGAGAAGAUACAGGAGAUUGUCUCAAAGAGAAUCACCUACAUAGAGUUCUUCAUACAGUUUGAGGAGAUCCAGUAUCAAGUUCUUGGAAGAUUUCAAGAAGCUAAGCCUGUUCUUGACAAGGAAGAUGUAACUGAUUCUGAACUUCUUCAGAAGCUUGAGCAUCUUGAAGCUGUAGAGCCAGUCCUAGAGGAGUGGAAGCAUAAGACUCAAGAUAUGGACCAACUUGCCAAAGACUCACAGCUCACUAUCAGACCUCCUGCAGGCCAAGACCCCCAGAAUCAGCCCAAACAGACAACCAAGACUCUUGCCAGUUUGGAUCAUGGUCAGAUGGUGUCCACUCACUCACACCUGACCAAGGAACUUCGGUCAAGACUGGACAAGAUGGCCAAUAUCCAGAGGAAGCUGAAGGAGUUUGAGGCGAAGCAGAAGAAUCUCCAACAGUGUCUAGGAGAUCUGGAGAGGACAAUAACCACAAUGAAAGAUGUUGGACAACUGAGUGAUCUUGCUCCGAUUGCUCAGAUUUUUGAGGAAUCUCAGACUGAGUUGGCUAGAAAUAAAACGGACCUCGAUCGAUUGACAAGAUUGGGAGUGGAACUCAUGGAAGAAGAUCCUAAACUCAUUCCAAACAUUGAACCAAAGGUUGAUGGAUUGAGGGAGGAUUGGAGCAAGAUGGAUGAAAGAGUUACCAUGGCAACCGAAUGUGCUCAUACUGCAGCGAAACUCUGGAAAGAUAUUGACCAAUCACAUACAAAGUUACAUUCGGCUCUAGAAAAGGCACAAGAUGUGUGCCAAGAACCGAUCAAAUGUAGUAAUAAAGAAGAAACAGAAAAACUACUCAAAUCACAUGAGGCUGCCAUAUCAGAUGUUGAAACUGCCAAACACCCAGCAAGCUGUUACGCAGAAUCAGCCAAUCAGAUCAUGAAUCUCCUGCCAACAAUCACGGCAACCUCAUCUCCAGCAAAACCUGCAAUGCUAGAACAGUCUCAAGAGUUACCAGGGAAAUUGGAUGAGGUAUCAGCCUUACUGGAGGAGAGGUUGAUGAAGCUGAGAAGAGGGAGGGUGUUGUGGGAGUCGGUGAUGGAACGAGAGAAGGUACUCCAUUCAUGGUUGGGUGCUUCCAAGGUGAAUCUUGAUCAGAUAUCUGGUAACAUGGAUGACAGCGAGGGAGAUGAAGUCCAAGUCAAACUCCAGCAGUUCAAGGAUGAAGCAGUAGAUCGUGAAAAUGAGCUUCAGCUUCUUGCUGCCAGCCUUGCUGAACUGAAGUCAUUCAACCCUGAUCAAACAAUCCCUGAAGUUGAAGAAACCUUCAAGAAAGUUGAAGCAGACUUUGUCCAAGCAAAACAGACUGCUCUUGAAACUGAAAGCAACCUAAGUGAAUUCACAUCUCAAGUUGGUGCUCUGAGAACACAGCUAUCUGAGCUGUUGUCAUGGUUACAGGACCAAGAGACUGCUGUUAAAAGUUGCAAUGAUACCUCCCUGGAUGGGGAUCAACUUGUGUCUAAUUAUAAACAGUGUCAGGAUAUCAAAACGGAAGUUGUUGGUAAAAGAGCAGUUAUUGAUGGAUUGUUUCAGCAGGUGAAUUCUUUAAAGGAGAGGUUCCCCAAAGCUAAUACAGCAUCAAUAAUGAAGGACCUUGAUUCAGUCAACAACCAGUAUCAGAUAUCACUGGAAUCUUGCACACAGGUUCUUGAGCGAAUCUCAUCAGUACUUGAGGAAGAAAGUGUGAAAGCCAAUGCAUCACUAUCAUCUUGGUUGGAUAAAGCAGAGGCUAUUCUAAAACAGUCCUCAUCCACAGAGGGUACUCUGGAUGACAUCAAGGAGAGACACAAUUCUAUCAAGGACCUUCAAUCAAAGAUGCCAGAAGGUGAGAUUCUUUGGAAAGCAAUGAGAGAUAAAGAAUCUCAACUUGCUCAGAUCCUGCCUGAUGAUCGGCUGACGGCUCACAAUGAUACCAUAGCAGCCCUGGAUGACCGUUACAAGUCUCUGUCCAGUGAGUGUCCAGUCAAGGAGAAGGACUUGGGUCAGUGUGUAGCGGUAUUGGAGCAGUAUGAGGACAAGUCCAGGGAGAUCAAUGAUCAGUUGGCUCAAGUUGAAGAACAGACCAAGGAGUUGAUGAAACCCUGUGAGGAUACUCAGAAACAACUCACAGCAGUCGAGUCAUUACUUGAAGCGCUGAAAGGAAGUCCCCUAGAUGAGCUACAGGACAAGACUGAUGCUGUUUGUCAAGCUAUUGAGACCUCCUCAACUCCAUUGCAGACUCAACAAAUCAGUCAACAUCAUCAAAAUCUGCUCAAGAAUCUAGAGGAACUUCGGCUCCAACUUGAAGGCAGUGUGGAUGCCGAGAAACAGCUACAUUGUAAUCUAGAAGAUGUAAGACAAAAACUCGACAAGUCUAAAGAGUUAAUUGGCACCUAUGUAGAUCCUACUGGAGAUAGGAAUGUAUGUGAAGAUAAAUUACAAGCUAUAAAGUCAUUGGAAGAUGAAAACAAAAUGUGCCAGGAGAAGCUGAUCAAAGCACAGACCAUCCUCCCCAGUUUCCUGCCCUUCACCACCCCUGCUGCCCAAGAUACCAUCAAUGGCCAGCUCUCUAACUUACAGAGGGAGGUAGGCAAUCUCUCAGAACAACUGACUCAAGGCAAACAUGAUGUUUUGAAGAGCAUAUCUGAUUGGUCAGACUAUGAGGCCUGUCAUGCUAGAGUUAACCAAUGGUUGGACGGGAUAGACAAAGCAGUGGAUGAAGCAGCCGAAUUAAGAAACACCUUGCCAGAAAAAGCUGAACACCUUGAAAAUUCAAAGAUGCUACAGGAUUGUAUGAACUCUGAAGCAGCCAUUUUACAAGAGCUGACAGAAAAGGCCAAGGCUGUGUCAUCCGCAAAUAGUCCUGAUGUAGAGGAACAAGUUGAGAGUCAACUGGCCCAAAUAGAUAAUAGGUAUCUUGCAGCAGUGGACAGAUUGAAGGACAUCAUUGGUAACCAAGAGAAAGCCUGCAAAGAUCAUGCUCACUUUGAUUCAGCAGUAAAUGACUUAGAAAGUCUGAUUGAUAAUGUCAAUGAGAGUCUUGUAGAUAUCAAGAAACGUGCAUCUGACAUGGACAACCUUGAAAUAGCAGUGCAGAAAGUCAAGGCUCUUCAAUCCCAAAUCACUGUUGGUCAAUCCUUGCUUCAUGCCAUUGAUGAAGGAGCUCAGGAUACACUAGCCUCCACCACAGCCCCUGGUGAACAGGCAAUCAAAGACAAAGUCAUAGCAGCAAGGGACAGUUGGAACCAGACUCUCACCCAAUUGACUGGUGAGGAGUCUAAGCUAUCAGAGAGGCUGACAGGCUGGAAUGAGUUCAGUAGGAUAAUGAGUGAACUGGAGGAGUGGGUGAGAAAAGCUGAGAAAGCCUUGGGAGAGAUUAAACAACCUCAGGAUGACUUAGAGGGAAAAUCUCAAGUCCUUGACCAGUGCAAGGUCUUAAAAACUGAAUUUCUCCAGCGUGAACCUGAGGCAAGAGUUCUGCAGGAAAAAGCCCGUCGGCUCAGCAAUGAAGCACAGCUCGCCAGUGCUAAUCAACUCAAUACCAAAUUCUUCCAACUCCAAAAUCAGACAAAUAAUGCUGAAGAAACCUGUCAGAAAGCUGUUAUGGAUCACGAAAUCUACCAAGAGGCUUUCAAGGAAGCUUCUUGUUGGCAGGAAUCUCUGGAAUCAAAGGUUAAGGAAGCUUCAAUGAUAUCAGGCCACAAACCAGACCUGGAGCAGAAGCUGGUGACACUGGAUAAUAUGGAGAAGGAGAUCACAGAGAUGGGAAAAAUGCUGGAGUCUACUACCCAGCAGGCUCAACUGGUCAACCAAUCUACAUCUCUCAAUGGUCAAUCACAACUUGAUAAAGACAUCUCUCAACUAAAGCACACCUUAUCUUCGGUGAACAGUGGAAUCUCUGAUUCACAACAAGCAUUGAAGGUGGUGCUGGACCAAUGGAACAAACUUGAUCAAGACUGUAAGGAGCUCCGUGAUUGGUUGAAAGUUCUAGAUGAUACCAUUCAGAAAGCAGGGGAGCUUCAGUCAACAGCUGCAGAAAAGAAAACUGUUGCUGAGGAAAUACAUGCUGUCUGUGAAUCAAUAAGCAGUCAUCAGCCAAUGGUGGAAUCGAUUGGUCAAGAGAGUGACCUUCUGAUGAAUGGUGGGGUCAGUGACCCAGAGAUUCAAGGUCAGGUCACCGAGUUGACCAAUAUGUACACUGACCUUCACAAAAAAGCACAGGAUGCAAAGCAUAACCUGGAGAGGAUAGCCGAUGACCAUUCUAAGCUUGAUGAUGAGCUAGCAGCACUGUCAUCCUGGAUCCAGGACAAGACUAAAGAGAUGGAGCCUUGCUGUAAAGUAGCAUCUGAUAUGGAGACUAACCAAGCCAGACUGGAUAUGGUCAAGGCCAUCUUGGCAUCUCUACCAGAAGGUGAGGCUCUCUUGGAUCAAGUCACAUCCCACUCAGACCAGGUCCUCCCCGAGACCAGUACUAGACCAGGCCAGGAACGCAUCACCAGACAGGUCCAGUCCCUGGAACAUGAGCUGGAUGCACUGAGGAUGCUUGCCCAGGAUUCCUGCUCCAACCUAGAGCAGUGUGCCUCCCUCUGGAGAACAUUCCAAGAGAAAGCAAGGUUCUUGUCAGCCUGGAUGGAGGGAGUUAAUAAUGAUCUAGGGAGCUUUGAUGGAGAAUGUGACAGCCUGCUGGAGAAGAAGGAAAAGCUAAAGAAAGUGAAGGAACUGAUUGUUGAUACUGAGGACAAGCAGCCUUUAAGAGAAGAAGUGACCUCAUUAGGUCAAGGUCUUGUGACCUUUAACCCUAAUGUAGCUCACAUGAGCAGUGAGGCCACAAAGUUAGCAGUACAGUACCAGACUCUUCAUAUGACACUCAAAGAACUUGACCAUCACCUUGAGAGGGCAGUUGAGGAUGAGAACAAGUAUCAGUUAGCCAGUAAAGAAUGCAAGGAAUGGCAGAAUGCUGCAUGUCAAAAGUUGGAUACUUGUGAUGACCUCACAGGAAGUAAAACAGAUAUCAGAAACAGACUGCAGGUCGUACAGGAACUGAUGUCAAGCAGACAUCGUGGUCAGAGCCUUGUACAUGCAAUGGUCAGCAAGGCAGAGAAAGCUCAACAGCACACAGCUCCUAACGGUCAAGACGUGAUGAAGGCAGAGGUCGAUGAAAUGACCAUGGACUAUGAUGACCUGGUGAAGAAAAUGAACAGUACUAAAGACAAAUUACAGGUCCACUUGAAAGAUUGGGAGAAUUUCGAAGGUGGAAAAGACAAGCUGUCUCGAUGGUUGGAUGAGGCUUCUUCCCAGCUAGCAGAUGCUCAGCAACCCAAAGCAACUCUGACAGAAAAGAAAGCACAACUAGAUAGGUGCAAGUGUAUUCAGCAAGACAUUCAGAGACACAGGCAUGAUCUUGCAAAGGUCACUGAGCAUGCUCAGAAGCUUAGAGAGGAUAGUCCUGACAAUGAAUCAGUCAAAGGACCUCUUGCUGAGCUGGUAGAGAAAUUUGAAAAGCUUGAGAAAGAUUGUCAGGAUUGUGCAUGCAAACAGUCAGAUAUGGUUGAAGAACACCAAUCAUUCCAACAAACCCAGCAAGCUUACACUCAGCAGAUUAGAGAUCUGAAACAUCAGCUAUCCACCAAGGCCGAUACGUCAGGCAACAUGGGAGCCAUACAAAACAAGAUCAUCACUUUCAAGGACCUCCAAACUGAAAAGGCAGCUUGCUCUGAGAUGCUGGAAACCCUCUCUGCCCUUGGGGAGAAGGUGAAGGAAUCCACUUCACCACCAGGACAGGACACCAUCCAACAGCAGCUGGAGAAGUUCAGUGAAGACCUUGGUGCCCUGGACAGUAGCAUGCAAACAUCCAGUGAGAGGCUACAGGAGUGCGCAGAGAGGUGGCAAGCCUAUGAUGCCAGGAAAGCCGAGGCUGAGUCAGGUAUCCAACAAGCUAGGGAGGGAUAUCAGCAAGGAGCUCAACCUCAGAAAGACCUGCCGGCUAAGCAGGAUCAGCUGAAGAAGUUCAAGGCUGUGCAUGAUGAACUUGCUGACCAAAGAGAGAGUAUUGAAACGGUGUCCACUGCUGCCCAAGCCUUACUCGACAGCAGUAUGGGUAAUGUUGGGAUCGUGAGUGAAGCUACAAGAAUCACAUCGGAAUAUCAGAUGAUUUUACUCAAAACUAAGGAUGCUGUGAAGGUAAGUGAGCACAUGACAAGAGAACAUGAACAGUACUUAGAUGCCCAAGGCACCUUCUCUGAUUGGCUGGAUGGACAGAAGUUCAACGAUAGUCUGAUUGGUGACAAAGACACCCUUACAGAGAGGUCCACUCAACUCAAGGAGCUUCAGAAAUGUGAGAGUAUUGGAGCUUUGAGGCUGGGUUCAUUGCAAGAGAAAGCUGAGAAGGCCAUUCACAAUACUACUCCCGAAGGACAGGUCCUGAUCAGAGCCAGCCUUGAUACAGCCAAACAGCAACUUGAAGAGUACCAGGACUCCCUCAAUAAGGCUCUCCAGGAUUUCCAGGCAUGUUUGGCACUAUGGGACCAAGCUGAGAGAGACUAUGGGGAUAUGUGUAGGUGGUUAGAGGAUAUGGAAGAACAGACCGAUAACCUUCCUCUUUUGAGCACAGCCAAUGAAAAGCAACAACAAGUCGACCAUUGUAAGAGGAUUGAGGGUACAGUGAAUGAGAAGAAGCCAGCUAUAUCACAUCUGAAGAAGAAGCUGAGGUCAUUGGUGGACCAGACUGAAUAUAGUCCAUUCAGUGAUCAGAUCCAACAUAUUACGGAGACCUAUGAAAACUUACAACAGAGAUGCCAGGAUAAUGUGAUAUUAGCAGAAACCAGGACAUCAAACCACAUUGCGUUCAACUCUGAUAUUGCCAAAGUCCAAGAAUGGAUGGGGGCCAUAAAACAAUCACUUGAUAAUCUAUGCAACCCAGAGGGUCAGAGGGAGACCGUCAAAGACAAACUUCUUGAUGUUCAAGCCCUCACUGACACUCUUCCCAAAGGAGAAGGUCAGCUAGGUCAGGUGAUGAAUCUGAGGCAGCUGAUUGGUCCAGAGACAUCGGUAGAAGGCCAUGUGAUCAUUGAUAGUGAAGUACAAAAGUUGCAGCAGAUGUGGAGUGCCUUGAAUGAUGAUGUGAAAGGGGUCCAAACAUUGCUGCAGAAAACCAUUGAGGAAUGGAAUAUCAUACAUAAUCUCCAGGACCAGUUCAGCUCCUGGUUGACCAAUGCAGAGUACACACUAUCUAAAGAUCGGGAGCUGAUGUCAAACCUUAAAGAGAAGACUGUACAAAUGGAAAACGAUAAGAAAUUCUUGGCCGAAGUGAGGAGUAAGGAGGAAAUGCUUGAUGAUCUGAUGAAAGCUUCUCAACCAAUCCUUGAGAAGAAUCAACCUAACUUCAUCCUUAACCCUCAGCUAGCUGACCUCAGCAAUCGAUACCGGUCACUACUCCAAAAUGCUCAGGAUGUUGUGAAGAGAUCAGAAGAGGAUGUCACAGAUCAUGAGACUCUGGACUACCAGGUAGCCAGGAUGAUAGCAACCAUACAAACCAACAACAUGACAGUCAAGGAAUUACAAGACAUCACUGGCAACAGACAGUCUGUACAAGACAAACUUGAUGCACUGAAGCCUGUGCUGGACUCCAUGAACGAUGUCGGAAGCCAGGUCAAAGAAGCGGAGGAACAGGGACAAAAGGUCAUGACCCAGACAUCAAGCUCAGGUCAAGAGGUCAUCAGAGAGCAGCUGGAUGAGAUGAUACAGUCUUUUAGCACCUUGGAUUCAGUGCUGACAUCAACUAACCAUGACCUGAAGGAUAAGAUGACACAGUGGGAACAGUAUGAGGAGUCAGAGGCUCCAUUUGCGAUGUGGCUGGAUGAUGCCGAGAUAUCUGUUGCCAUGGAAAUGGGGCAGAUGAUGGAGCUGAGUGAUAAGAUCAAUGAGCUUGAGAAAAGGAAGGCCUUAGAGAGGGAGAUCAUCGCUCAUGGAAGCAAUCUGGAAGAGGUGGAGUCCAGGGCCAAGCCGCUCCUGGAACACAACACACAUCCCAAAGAUGUGCUUGGAGAUUCUAGGAGAUUGGCACAGAGAUAUGCUAACCUCUUAAAGAAAGCUCAGACCACCUGUUCAGAACUUGCAUCAAAUGUGAGUAAGCACCAGGAAUAUGAAGAAGCUUUGCGAGAUGCUGAGAGGGCGCUAUUACAGGUAUCACAGCACGUUGCUUCCCAGGGGGUUAUUGGUGAAGAUGGCAACGAACCAGAACAAGGCCAAGAACAACUUGCAAAGCAACAGAGUCUAAUGCGUGAACUAGCAACCUGCACAUCCAAACUCGAUAACACCCGCAUCAAGGGUCAGAUCCUCCUAGCUGACCCUACCAGCACUAACGCCAACCCCAAGCUGUCCGGGCAAAUAGAGGGGCAACUAACCCAGCUAGAGGAAGGGCUAGAAGCCCUGGAUCAGACUGCUAGAAAGAUCCAGGCACGGUUGCAGAUGACCGUCCAGCAGCAACAGAAAUACCUUGACACACUGCAGUCAUGUCAUGAUUGGCUCUUGCAGGCUUGGCAGAAAAUACCGGUGGUGUCGCUGGGGUCAAAGGUCGAUACCAGCAGCUUGGAGGAUGCAGAACGCCAGGUUGAAGUCCUCAAGGGAAUCUUGGACACCUCAUUGAUGCAUCGCCAGCUCGUCCAGGCAGCAGAGGAGAGGGUAGAAGAGAGACCAGGAGACUCCACUACAGCCGCCCUAGCAACCAAAGUAAACAAUGAGAUUGAGCAAAUCAUAGAACAGACUGAGAGCCAGCUUGGUCAGACAGAAGAACAAGUCGAUAAAUGGUCUCAAGUUGAGAAGACUAAACAGGACUUGACAGAUUGGAUGGAUCAGGUUCAGAAAGCAUUGGCUCUAGAACAAGAGAAACCAGCACAAGUCCAACCUACUGAAGCCAAGAACCUCCUGAAAAAUGCAAAUUCCUUCAUCGACGACAUCCAGACACACCAGACAGACCUGAAGAAUGUGAUCAAGCACAGGGCAGAUCUCUGUGACCAGUUAGAUCCCGACCUUGAUGCAUUGAGUGCUGACAUAGACACAAUCUUGGCAUUGGCCAACGAUCUGAAGGCCAUACGUACCAAGCAAGUGGCUGAUGCGGAGAGGCUGGAGGAAGCAGUGUCAAAGGUCAAGGGUCAGCUUGCCGAGGUCAAUGAGAUUGUGGAGAAGGUGGAAAAUGACAGAGUUCACACCUGUAGGGAGAAGAUUGAGACACUAGAGCGGUUAUCUAUGCCUGAGAGAAGAAGACAUGUUGAUGAGGUUGAUGAAGCUAGCAGAGAGGUUGGUAGAAUGGCUAGCUCACUUGAUGAAGAUUCCAUCAGGAAACAGCUACAUGAAAUCCGUGAAGAAUGGCUGAGCAGUGAGACCCGUAUCCAGCGCACGCAAGCCAUGUUAGAAGGCUUGGAAUCAGACUACAAUGCCUUGCUGGAGAAGGGUCAUCAGUUCAAACUCUGGUUGGAUCAGUUCCAGUCGUCCAUCGCCAAACCAACCACUAUCAGUCCAUACACAGAGGAGGUGGAUAAGGUUCUACAACAAAUCCAGGAUUCCAGUGUUGAGUUAGCAGGCCGUCGAGCCACAUUCAAGGCCGUGAGCGAGGAAGAAUCCCUGUGUGAUGAAUUGAGUCCCAAGGAGAGACAGAGAGUGCGUCAAGAUCUUCAGCAGAUUGACAAGCAACUCACCAAGAUUGAACACACUGUCUCCACUACUCAAGAUGAAUUACAGACAUGUGUUAAUGAGAGGAAGGAAUUCUGGAAGUACUAUUCUGAUUGCUUGAAAGGAUUACAAACCAAAGAAGAAGAUCUCAGUGAUCCAGUAUUUCCCAAGCUGGAUAUUCCAGACCAAGUACAGCAGGUCUUUGAAGCAAAGGCACUACAAGACCAGGUGAAGAGCUACAACUCUAGGGUGCAAUGGUUAUCAGCCAGCAGUCGACCAAUCUGUAAGAAAGCCGAGGAGAGAGAGAGCCAGGAUGUCCAACAGAAAGUCAGAGACUUAGAAAAGACAUUCCAGAAAGCAGAGAAAGCAGCUAUGUCUAGGUUUGAGUUGAUGUCUGACAGCUUGACUAAGGUCAAGGAAUUAGAACAUCGGAUUAAACAGAUGAAGACAUGGCUGGAUGAACAACAGCCAAUCGUUAGUCAGCCAAUCAAUCUCCAAUGUCCACUUGACGAUAUCCACAAGCAGAUCUCUCAACACAAGAAUGUGAAUGAUAGCUCCGUUUCCCAGAAGCCUCUACUACUGACUCUCAUUGCCGAUGGGGAGAACUUAGCACAGAAAAUGGGAGAGGAUGACAAGGAUCAGAUCACUCAAAAUGUUGAAGAUAUUCAAGCCUUAUUCAAUAGGACUGUGGAUUCUACUGGUGAGAAGUUUGCUAGAUUAACCAAGGCUUACAAUGACAGACUGGCCUUUGAGGCUGAUCUUAGUCAAUGUGACACACAGUUCCAGGAUCUGAAAUCUUCCAUAGAUCAGCUUGAUCAACCCAUAGGACUCUCGUCAGUUGAUGCCUCUCAUCGGAUCUCUACAUGCAAGGAUCUGCAAGCAAGACUUGACAACCUGCAAGCCCCUCUUACCCAACUCAAUGAUGGAUGUGAUCUUCUAACGAGAGAAGGUCAGGUGUCUCAUGUCAAAGACAUUGCCAGACUGGACCAACUCAAUGAAGAACUCAAGAAGGCCCUAGAGACCCAAACCAAACGUUUGUCAGAUGCCCAGGAUGCUAGGAAAGGGUAUGAAGAUGGCGUGACCAAGAUACAGGAAUGCUUGGAGCAUUAUCAGAAUGAAGGGCCUGCUAUUGAACAACCUGGGCUGGAUACAGAGACCAAACUUCACAAAUGCAAGAUUGCUCUUGAAGAAAUUAUUUGCCUUGAAGAAGUAACGACUUUGCUCCCAGAGCAGUGCCAAGCUGUAUGUCAAACAGCCAACCAACCUGACCAGAGAACAGUGACCUCAACUGUCCACAAAAUGACCUCUGACCUCAAGGCAGCUAAGGUCAACCUGGAGCAGAGGCAGAAGUCACUGGAAGGCAAACUCAGUGACAAGGAGGCUUUGAAGGAGAAUCUGGACAGAUGUUUGAAGGAGCUGGAAGACUGGAGCCAAGAGGUGAAGGAGCCAGUUAUCUUUGAACUAGAGGUGGAGCCAGUUAAACAGGCAUUCACCAGACAUCAGACCAACCAGCCUAAGAUGAACCACACUCUAGAGCAGGCCCAAACUCUCAUCAUCUCUGCCAAUGCCAAGUUUGCUGAUCUGGGAGAACCCAUCACUCCGAAACUCCAGGAUCAGCUACAGACCUUGGACACCCUUCACCUUGACCUUCUGCAGGCUUCUAGGAAUAAGGGAACCAACCUGGCUGAGGCCGUCAGCCUGAGAGAAGAGUUCCAAGGUCAAAGAGGAGAGGUUGAGGAGUGGCUGAAUGAAGGAGAGGGGAUGCUGGAAGAGGCUGAAAGUGGGAUCAACUAUCCUCAAGGAGAGCAGGAUCUGCAUCAGCACAGGCAAUUCUUCUCACGGGAGCCAGUAUACCAGAACAAACUUGACGACCUGGUAGAUCUUGCUGAUCGCCUGUCUCCAUCGCUGACCCAUGCUCUACGAGAAAAGGUGGAAGCUGAUUUGAACAACCUCAAAUCGAGGCUCUCAUCCUUGGAUCUUGCAGCUAGGGAGCAUGAGGAAAAGCUGCGCAAAUACCUUGGAGAAUGGCAGGAUCUAGUAGACGGAGCUAAUGAUGUGGAGAAGGCUUUGGAUGGCAUAAAGGAUAGAUCAGUGUAUGGAGCUCCUACCAGUCUGCCUCAAGCACAGGAUAAUAAACAACUCAAUAAAGAGAUUGAGAACAUUCUACAGUCUCAAGAGACCCAGCUGAAACUCCUGCGUUCCUACUCCCAACCAAUCCUCAAGGAAGGGAACCCUGCUGGUCAAGAGGCUGUAACCUCCUUGAUACAGUCCCUGGAGGACCUCUUCAACUCCCUACAGCAACAGGUAGAGAGUGACAGGACUAGAGUGGAGGACCAGGAACAGGUCUGGAUAGACUACAAUGACAGGAGACAAGAACUGCUAGAGGCGCUAGGUCAGGCAGAGGAUGCAAUGCCUGUGUCAAUCUCACUUGGAGCUGAUAUCAAUGAUCUUCAAGGAAAACUUGCAUCGGUGAAGGCUGCCAAGGAGAUUUUAGAUAAUGCCGAGCCUCUGCCACCAAGAGUAAGAGAUGCGUCUAUCAAGUUAGUUGAGCAUAUGGCAACUCAGCCUGAUGAAACCCACCCAGUCAGCAAAGAUAUGCAGGAAUCUCUGGAUAGAUACCACAGGUUACAUGACUCUGCAACUCAACUUGAAGAAAACAUUGAGAAGGAGCUGUCUGAGAGGGCAGCAUUCGAAACGGAGACUGAGGAAGCGUUAGCUGAUCUUAUACAAGGCAAAGAAACCCUGGAGGAACAGACUGCUAGUAUUGGUCCUCUUGUUUCAGAUGCAGAAGAUAGAAUUAUGACACUUGAAGUUGUGAAAUCAGAACUCCAGCCAAAACUGGCACAUAUUGACGAGCUGUGUAACACACAACAUCAAAAGUACAAUGACCUUCACUCAGUACCUCCAUCUAGCAUAUCUGAGAAACUUGAAGACCUUCAAUCACAGAAGGCAGAGAUGAACAGUAAACUAGACUCCACCAUCCAGGAGUUGAAUGAGGCUGAGAAGAUCAGACGUCUAUUCCAGCAACAGACAUUUGAUGUGGAGGAGGUCAUAGAAAGAGCUAAGGAACUGUUGAACAAACCUAUCUCGGAUGUUCCCAAUGCCAAAAAGGAACAUGAGGAUUUAAAGGAGUCUUUGAAGUCAGCUCAGUUAGUGAUGCACUCUGUCCAGAACAUUGCCCAGCAACUGACUGACCAGACCAACAAACCAGAUGAACGUCGAGCUGUCAUCGCUACCAUUACAUCCCUUCAGACCAAUCUAGCAGAGGUCACCCACACAACUGACCAGAUGACCGAUGAACUGACCAAAGCUAUCGAGCCAUGGAAACAACACCUGAGUGCCAAGGAAGCUGUGGAAAGGUGGCUUGAUCAAGGGGUUGAUACAGUGAAGCCUACCUUGAAUCUUGGUAGUAUGCCCACAGUCCUGCGUCAACUACAGGAACACAGGGCCUUACUAGAAGAUGUGCCAUACACAGUGGAAAAUGUAGAAGCCUUGAUGUCAUCAAGUCCUAUUCUCGCCAGAGUUCUGAAGGACCCCACUCACCAGGCCAAAGCCGAUGACCUGAAGAAACACUUCCAGGAUAUGAUUGACACUGCCCAGGAACGCAAGGAAACACUGGAGGAUGAGACAAGGAGAUGGCAGAACUACCAGGGUGGUCUCAUGGAUCUGUUCCACAGGAUUGCGGAUGCCAAGGAUAUGAUGCUCUCACCAGACAUGGAGCAAAUGACGCUCAAUCAACAGCUAGAAAAUCAGAAGGAGGUUCUUGAGAAGUUAGAAUCUGCCAGCAAGCGUCUAGCUGACCUGAACGAUACCCACACACUCCUGGCCCCUAACUCAUCCGAUCAAACAAAUGAGCUUGAUGGUGAUGAGGAUGAGGAUGAUGACACCGAGAAGGAGAUCAAAGAUCCUCAGUUGUUAAGCUUACAGGAAAAUAUCUCCAGGAUCAAGGAUGUUGCUGUACAGCACGGUGAAGUCCUACAGAAAUCUCUUGUGCAACAGGAAGCGUAUGAGAAGCAGUUGGAAGUACUAGAAGUUAAGUUGCAGACAGCACAAGAUGCAAUGGCUUCACCGGUAGAACCUACAAGCAUGGAACAACUCAAAAAACAAAUAGCACAACAUAAGGAACUUGCAGUGGAAAUUCAAGGAUAUGAAGAUGAGAUUCAGGCCAUCAAUAACAAGACCCAAGAGCUCCAGGAGGAAGCAGCUAAGAGGACAGACUUCAGGCAGACAUAUCUUUCCACCCUCACCCCUCCUGGACCACCUAUGGUCGCAACUCCAGAGUUUGGUGUUGGUGCUCGUUUAGUGAGGAGAGGUUCACCUAUAAGAACUCCAUGGAGAUCAUUUUCUCCAGAACCUAUGCAGACUUCAUCACCAGAAUCAAAGAGGCCUCAUGGUGAUCUUGACCUCACUGAAGAGCAGCCUCCAGAGAAAAGGGUUCUUUUUUAUGACGAUCCUUCAUUAGCAGAAGUACAUUAUGAAUGCCCCAGAGAUGAAGUUGACAGUUCACUGGUACCUCCCUCAAUGUCAGGUAAAGACAGCAAAAUGUCAACAGAAGAUAUGUCAGAGUCACCUAAACAACCUUCAAAGAGAUCUUUUGAUGAUAGCGAACAUGAACAGUCACCUAAAAUACUUGCCACAUCUACACCUAGACCAGGUUCUGCUGACAAACAUUUGGAUGAUUCAGAUCCUGAAAAGACUAUCUCGUCCAAAGGGUCAUCAGACCCUUCUAAACAGGUACCAUUUCAAAUUAUCACUGACAGGGGGCCUGCAUUUGUUCUUCGCCCGGCAGGCUCCAGUUCCAUAAUUGGACAACCCGGAGAGGAUGGAGAUGCACCCGGUGGAGGUGAUCAUCAAACCCAAUAUGUCAUACAGCAAGCCACACCAUAUCUUUCUCCUGUUGUUGUUCAGAGGGUGCCCAUUACAGAAAGUAUUUCACCAAUGAUGGUCAUUGAUCCAAAAACAGGCAAGACCAUGGAGGCUGUACCAACUGACAAUGUGGAUGAUAUAGAGAAUAAAAUAACAGCUUAUAUGGUUGACCCUGAAACAAAAGAAUUGGAAAUACUUGAUCCUGAAAAUAAAGUAGCAGUUGUGGCAAAACCUUGUGAAAGUCCAGAGAACGUUCCUUUAGAUGAAGUUGUUGUUCCAUUAAAAGUCAAACCUGUAGAAUUGGCUCCAGAUUUGAUGAAGAGUUUUCAUACCUCUGGGCCUUAUGAUCUUGAUAGGUACAAGGACCUUGAAGGUACUGAUGGUGACAAAGGACAAGCUUCUGUUCAGAGACUGAAAGAGGAAGGUGAUGUUGAUGGAGGAACAAUAGCUGAUAGUGCUCAUGGAAGUAAAACACUUCAUGUAGGCUUACCUACCAGAGCCCCAACAAAAGACAUGAUAUUGUCACUACCUUCUGAUAAAGGACCAGCUGAUGUUCGGAUUCCUACAGAGCGUGAUGAUACAGAUAGUGCUAAAGUAUUUGACAAUAUUGAGAGUGCCAAAGAACCAGCUAACAUUCAAAGUGUUAAGAAGGGUUAUCAGCCUAGUCUGAACAUCGGGCAACAAGAGGAACAAGAUAUAUCUAAAGAGCCUUCAAGGGACUUACCAGUUACUCAGACAUAUAGUGGGGAGCAGCCAUUGCUCCCAUAUAUGGAUGAUAUGGAUGCAGAAAUAUCCGAAUUAGGAAAAAGUAGUAAGAAACCAGUUACUGAUCUGCACCAAUUGGUAACCACCAAAGGACCUGCAUAUGAAUUGCGACCUCUUGACUCAGACUCUAAACCUUCAAAUCGUGGAACAGAUGGUCUCUCAUUUGGAGCCUCUUCAGCAGACCCUGUACCUAAACAGUACACUGUCUCAAAGACGACUCACUUUGAUGGUGUUCCUGAAGUGGUUGGUCAUGCUCCUGUGCUCAAGGACCAACGUCCUACACUAAUCAAAGACCCAUCAUCAGACCAGAUCUUAGAAGCUGUUCCUAUAGUUGAUCCUAAUGAUUUGAAGAAUAAGGUCACCGCAUAUGUACAGUCUGAUCCACAAACAAACACCUUAGAAAUUAUUGAUCCUCAGCAGGGGCAAUCUUAUGUGGCCAAUGCUGUAGAUCCUGAGCAGUUUGAUGACAGCACUUCACAUUUGACCAUGUUGGAUGAAGAUAAACCAGCUCUUCAGCUUGAAACAAAUAAAGGGCUUGCAUAUGUAUUACAUCCACUGAAUGAGGAAAAAUCACCCAUGAAAGACAUCUAUCCUGCAGGAAAGAAACCUGAACAGAAGAAUGCUGAAUUCACCAUUGUUGAUGAAGCAAGACCAGCAAAUACUGUUCUUGUUACAGGUUCAAGAACAUCACCUGGCAUCAAGCCAAUAGAGAUCAUUGAUGAAGUUUCAGGGCAGAAAUUUGUUGCAGAACCUGCUACUAAUGUUAAUGAUCUGAUGAGCAAGCCCGCACUUUACCUGCCAAAGACAGCAUAUAAGGUCAAAUCGGUGGUGAUAUCUCAUCCUGAGACAAAAACAGAAAUAGUUGCAAUUCCAGCAUCAGACCAAAGUGAGAACGACCAACCAUCAAAUCUUGGAAGUAGUAAUCUUCUUGGUCCAGAAAGAGACCAAACAUUCAUGAAUAUUCCUAGUGCUAUCACCUUAAAAUCAAUGAAUGUUCCUGUUGUAGAUCAUCAAUUUGGCCAUCCUGAUCCAAUCAGUAAAGCAUCAGCAGUUGUAAGAGAACCCAUUACUCAUCAAAUUGUAACUGAUCAUGGGCCAGCAUAUACCCUCAGGCCUCUUACUGCCGUUGGUGGCCCAGCAGCAGGUGAUGAUGAUCCAGAUGUGGAUUUUGUCCUAGCCAGCCAAGGACAAACAGAUGAACCUCCUGUUGUCACUGGGGAACAAGAGCUUGAUUCGCUGAUUCAACCAAUACAUAUUAAAGAUCCAGAAUCUGGCCAAGUUAUGGUUGCUGAACCCAUGACAGAUAUGAAUAACCUCAGUGGAGUGCUUGCUGUGAUUGAUAGUCUUGAUGGUAACCCUCAAAUGACCAUCUAUAAUCCUACAACAAAGAAGUCUGGUGUAGCACUGCCAACAGAGCAAUAUUGCCCUCCUUCACCAGGAGUGACCCCUUACUUCAAGGAGGAUUCAGAUUUGACUCCUGAUGAAUUGGUAACAAAACCAGUUAGCGAAGUUGGCGAAGUUCUACAACAAAAACCUGUUACUUCAGGACAACAGAUUCCAGCACAAGAUGUGAAUAAGCCUGUGAGGAUUGAUGAUGCCAGAGGCAAUAUACAGGACGGUGACAGCAGCGAUGAAUCUCCCCAUGAAAGAAAAGAUUCUGGAUGUCCCUUGUUUUCACUGUGUCCUGUUGAAUCAACUCCUAAAUUAGAUUAUAGGUUAGAGCCAUCUCCUGGUGCAAUUAAUGUUAAUGAGAAACAUUCAACUGAACAUCCUCUUUCAUAUCUUCAUGAUGGUUCUGAUAAAUUUGAAGAAUUAUUGGGUAAGCCUGCUUCCAAUCAGGUUUUGACAUCGCUCGGACCUGCAUACUUCUUGACCCCAGUUGAAUCAUGUGGAGACAGCAAAUUGCAGUCUAAAGAUAAUGACAGUGUACCUCUCCUUGUUACAGAUCCAAAGCCACUGAACACCCUUCCAGUGGUUGUUGGAUGUGAACCAUUUCAAAAUGGAGGUUUCUUUGUUGAGGAUCCAGUGUCUAAGAAUACAUUCAAAGCAGAGCCAGUUCACAGCCUAGAUGUUUUACAUAGUAAACCAACUGUCUUUGUAGAUGAUCCAAGUAAACCCGUUCAGAUCCAUUUUCCAGAUGCAUCGGUUAUACCACCAAAUACAAAUGCUGAUGAAGAUGGAGUAAAGAAACUUCAGUCAGAUAAUUUCCUCACUCCAUCUCAAACUCCUUCAGGAAAGUCACUUCAACCUGAGUGGGUAAAUCAAGACAAUGCAGGGCCAGGCAGAGAAGAAAGGGACACACUUUGUCAAACAGAACUGGACCAUUCCAUGCUAGUAGAAGACAUGGAUAGUGUAUUGACUAUUGACAGUGGAGCUGAUGAGGCAGAUAGAGCUCUUGUUCCUCAACCAUCAAAGAAAAACAUUCUACCAGGGAAGGUCAAGCAUCAACUCAUCACUGAUAUUGGUCCUGCCUUUAUCCUUGUUCCUGAAGACAAGUUAGGAAAUGGGGGAGAUGGGGGUGGAGGAUCCUCCACUCCUGAUGAGUACAUAUUAGCCACAUCUUCAGACCCAGCAAAUAAGCCAUCAGUGAUCGGUUCAAAGCCAUUUUCACAGAAGGAACCAUUUGUGGUCAAGAAUCCCAGCACUGGGGAAACUUUCAGGGCUCUCCCUGCAGAAAGCCUCCAAGACCUUCAUGAAAAUCCAUCUCUGUAUGCCAUUGACUCACAAGAUGUUCCAAAGGUGAAAGUUUUUGAUCCUUCAACUGGCUGCGCAUCUGUAGGAUUUGGAUCAAGGGCACCAGAAGUUAGAACCUUGUCACCAUUAUCAGAAUUGAAUGAAACUCAACCAGUUUCACAGCUUUUGACUAAUAAGGGACCAGCGUAUGUAAUGCAUCCAUUUGCUGGGGAAGGUUCAGGUGUGCAAAGUGUCUUAUCUAGAGGGAGGAUACCUGAACCAGAGAGCACAGAUUACACUAUUGUUAAUGAAGCAAGACCAGCUAAUCCGGCUGUUGUGACAGGCUCAAGAAUGUCAAGUAACAUCAAGCCGAUAAUGAUUCUAGAUGAAGCCUCAGGGCAGAAAUUUGUUGCAGAACCUGCUACUAAUGUUAGUGAUCUGAUGAGCAAGCCCACACUUUACUGGCCUGAGACGACAGAUGUAUACAAACCAAUGCUGAUAUUCCAUCCUGAGACUAGAACAGAAAUAGUUGCACUUCCGACAUCUUGCCCAAGUGAACUUGACAAAAAUCAAAAUUUUGAAAGUACUAACCUACCCAUUACAGGGUCUGCUGUUGAACGAGAUGGAGACCAGUCUUCUAGGGAUAUACCAAGUGUUAUUACCUUGAAAGGUAAUAACCAGACUGAUAGCCAGACUGAUCCAAACAGUCUCUCUGAUAUAUUCCAGAAACCAACUAUUUCACCAUCAGAAAGGUUAAAUAAACCUGAACGGAUAGAAGAAGAUUAUAACAGGACACCCAACAUCGGAAAGGACGCGCCUCAUCAUAUGGGACUACACAGUUCUGUGACAACAUGUGAAAUGGAUAGCAUGUCAGAUGACAGUGAUGUUGAUGAGGAAUUUGAUGGUCUUGUUCCUCAACUAUCAAAGAUAAACACGCUCCCAGGGAAAGUCAGGCAUCAGCUAGUCACUGAUAUUGGUCCAGCCUAUACCCUUGUGCCUGAAGACAACUUAAAAAGUGGGAGAGAUUGUAGUGGAGGAUCCUCCACUCCUGAUGAGUACAUAUUAACAGCAUCUUCAGACCCAGCAAUUAAGCCAUCAGUGAUUGGUUCAAAACCAUUUACACAAGAGGAAAAAUGUAUUGUAAGGAAUCCCAGCACGGGAGAAGCCUUCAUGGCUGUCCCUGCAGAAAGCCUCCAAGAUAUUAAUGAGAAUCCAUCUUUGUAUGUGCUUGAUUCACAAGAUGGUCCGUCGGUGAAGGUCUAUGAUCCUUCAACUGGCUAUGCGUCUACAGCAUUUGCGACUACUUUACCAGAAGUGAUUGUUACUCCGGAAUCACCCCAGCUAGAUAAAAUUAGGCCAGUUCCACAGCUGAUAACAAAUAAAGGACCUGCCUAUGUGCUGCAACCUCUCUCUGAAGAUACUACAACUCCUCAAGAUCUAUCAUCUAUUGGGAAGAAACCAGAACAUGAGAAUGCAGAGUACAAAAUUGCAGAUGAAGCAAGACCAGCAAAUGCUGCUGUUGUGACAGGAUCAAGAACUUCAGCUGGAAUCAAGCCAAUAGAGAUUCUGGAUGAAGUUUCAGGACAGAAAUUUGUUGCAGAACCUGCCACUAAUGUCAAUGAUCUGAUGAGCAAACCCACACUUUAUCUGCCAGAGGCAGCUGAUCUGUCUAAGCCAGUGGUGAUUUUCCAUCCUAAAGCAAGUACUGAAAUAGUUGCAUUUCCAACUACACCUCAACCAAGUGAAUUUUCUAAACAACCAUUAUUUGAAAGCACGUUCCAUCCCGAUUCUGAGGGUGUUAUGGCCCCACGAGAUCAGUCUCUAGGUGAUAUUCCAAGUGCCAUCACCUUGAAAUCAAUGAAUGUUCCUGUUGCAGAUCAUCAAUAUAGCCAGCCUGAUCCAAACAGUCAAAUAACACAAGACAUGACAGAACCCAUCACUCACCAAGUUGUCACUGAUCAUGGACCAGCAUAUACCCUGAGACCAUUCCCUGAAUUUGGGGGACCAGCAGCAGGUGAUGAUGAUCCAGAUGUAGAUUUUGUCCUUGCCAGCCAAGGCCAAUCGGAAGAGCCUCCUUUAGUGAUCGGGGAACAGGAACUGGAAUCCCCCAUCCAGUCUUUGCAUGUUAAAGAUCCUGAAUCUGGUCAAGUUAUGGUUGCAGAACCCAUGACUGAUGUCAAUGACCUUACUGGCGUGAUGGCCAUUGUUGGUAGUGAUGAUGGUAACCCACAAAUGACUAUCUAUAAUCCUGCAACAAAGCAGACUGGAGUGGCUGUGCCAGCAGAGCUAUAUCAUCAACCUUCAUCAAGAGGAGGUCCUUCCUCCCAUGAUGAUUCAGGAGUAACUGUGGAUAAAUCAGUACCAAAGCCAUCGACAUCAGACCAACAAUCUCCUACGCAAGCUGAAAGGGACCCUGCCAAGAGAAUGGAUGAUUCUCCAAACAAACUCAGCAGUGGUGAAUCCACUGAUAUAGCUUUACAUGAAGAAGGUGAAUCUGAUCCCAAAUCAGCAGUUUGUCCCUUGUUUUCACCCAUUCCUACUAAAAUGAAUGCAUUGGAGUCACCUGCACAGCAUAAUGUAGCCCCUGAGGAUUUGGCUCAUGGAAAAGAUGAACCUGGUAAACCUGCCUCCAUUCAGAUUUUAACAUCCCUCGGACCUGCAUAUGCCUUGACACCAGUCGAGGAGCUGGUUGAAGCUGGCAAAGUACAUUCACCAAGUGACAGGGGACAGCCCAAGAAAAAUGACAAGGCAGAUGCUAUGCCCUGUAUCUUAGCAGAUACAGAGCCUCUGAACAAUCUUCCAAUGGUUGUCGGAUCAAGACCAGCACCAGAGGUGAAAAGUUUCCUCAUUGAGGACCCUGUCUCUCAAAAGACAUUCAAAGCAGAGCCAGUUCACAGCUUAGAUGUUUUACACAAUCAGCCAACUGUAUUUGUUGUUGAUACAAGUAAACCUAUUCAGAUUCAUUUCCCAGAUUCAUCAUCAACAACGCCAAAUAAAAACACCAAUGGAGAUAGGAAAGAGGGAUCUCUUUCAGAUAUUUUCCAGAUACCAACUGAGAUUCCAUUAGAGAGGUCACUUCAAUCAGAAGAGGAUAUAAAGUUUUAUGAAGAUGAGUCUAGGGAAGGAGAUGAAAGAUCUCAUCAAAGACCUCAUUCCACCUUACUGAUGCAAAAGAGACACAGUUUAUCUAGUGACGACAGUGAUGCUAAUGAGGAAUGUCUUGUUCCUGAUCCUCAUUCAUCAAAGCGAAAGGUUGUUCCAGAAAUUGUCAAGCAUCAGCUCGUCACCGAUUUAGGUCCAGCCUAUAUCCUAGUACCAGAAGACAGUGUUGGAUAUGGGGGAGAUGGAGGUGGAGGAUCCACUUCCCCAGAUGAGUACAUUCUAGCCACAUCUUCGAAUCCAGCCAACAUGCCAUCUGUUAUUGGUUCACAGCCAUUGUCACACAACCAUCCAUGCAUUGUCAGGAAUCCCACAACAGGAGAGACUUUCAAGGCUGUACCAGCAGAGAGCGUCAAAGAUCUGAAUGAAAAUCCAUCUCUGUAUGCCAUUGAUUCCAAAGAUAUCCCUGCAGUGAAGGUGUUUGAUCCCUCAACCGGUUGUGCAUCUAUUGGAGUUUCAGAAAGUGUACCAGAAAUUGAGGAACUUGUGAGUGAAUCAAGAUUAAAACCAGAUAAGACACCACUGACAUUCAGUUUUCCAGCUACUGAGCCUGCAGUUGACAAGCGCACUAAUCAGAAUGAUCAGCAAUAUGACAGUAAUAAUGCUCCUCGUCAGUCUCCCGGUGUAAGCGGUGAUAGAUUAUUUCCAGAGAAGAAUAGACAAGAAGAUGACUCCACUCACUCUGAUGAUGAUGUAUUUGAGAUUGACAAACCAGAACCCUUAGAGCCAAGUGAUGAAUCAAAUUGGGAUACUCAUACUGCCACAGAUGUACCAUUUUUACUUGGCUGGAUGGAAAAGGAAAACAAGAAACCUAUACCAGAAUCUCAGCUGGAUUCCGCAUCAGUUACUGCAGGAACUCCUCGAUCAGUGCCACCAGUAGAGCAAAUCCUCACUGACAGAGGUGCUGCAUAUGUUUUGACUCCUGUAUCAGAGUUAAAUGAUCAUGGUGGUGCUGCUAUUAGUGGAUUAGGGGUGACUGGUGCAACUCCUGGUGCUGGAAGUUCAACUCUUGCCACAUCGCCAGACUAUAUCAUUGUAGAGGAUACAGAAUUGAAGAGAUUACCAGUUUUAACGGGCACUCAGCAAACAAGAGAUGUAGCUCCUUUUUUCGUCAGAGAUCCAAAGACAGGUCAAGACCUAGCUGCUAUUCCAGCCACAGAGCCAGAUGACCUGCAAGGUCUUGUUGGAUUUACAGAUGAUCCUAAGGAUGAUCCCUUGAUGAUACAAGAUAUGCAAACCGGGGAAUCGAUGAUUGCACUUCCAGCAUACCGGAUCCCUGAUGAACUAGGACAGGCUCAGUCACUCCCACCCAGGGAUUCAGGCUUUUACUCGGGACCAAGCAGUAUGGCAGUUACUGAUGCAACAUUGAAGGAUACUACUGAUUCAGAUGAUAGUUCGGUAGAUUCUCUUCCUCACCAUUCCAAAUCAGACAUACCACAUUCAUCUGAAUAUGCUGAAGUGCCACUGAAGAAUUUACCAAGCAUAGAGGAUGUUCCAGAUGAACACUAUCACACUGAUUCCACUGACUUUUACACUCCUGAUGGAUCACCAGUUCCAUGGCAGGCAAAACACAAAUCAGCUCCACAAGAUCUUGACCUUCAAGUCUCAUUGCCAGAUGAACGUAAAUAUGAACCCGUUGUUUCUGCUGCUGAUCUCCUAGAUCAAACACUGCAGAUUCAACCUGUUGUAGUUUUGCAGAAGGAUUCAUCACCCACUGAAGAGACUCCCGGUUUGAUGGAAAAGGAUAACCAUCAAGGCACAACUAAUAAAAGUCCUGCAGAAGCUAAAGACACAUCUUCAAAAACAGUGAAUGCUUCUGCAGAUGAUGAGCCAAAAACAUUGUCACAGGAUAUGCCACUUCCUGUUAUAUGCCAUGAGGGCUUGAUGGGAGAUGUGAAGGAUCCUUCUGCACCAGAUGGUAAAGCACAGAAGAUAGACCAACUCAAUCGCUCAUGGGAUGCUCUACAACAUAAGAUGGAGGAGAAGGAGCGUCUCCUGAAAGAGGCUUUAGCCAAGCAGGAGGAUUACCAGAAUGCCUUGUCUCAGAUCAACAUUCGACUUGCUAACACGGAAGCUCAUCUCAAAGAGAUCAAAGACACUCCCAUGGAGGCUCGUAACCUUGAUGAACAUAUCCUAGAACUCAAGAAUCUGAUAAGCGAAUGCAGUGAUUUAGAUGAGAAUGUGAGCAUGGUUGAAGAAAAAGCCACAAGGUUGAAGAUUCCCCAGGACACAGUCCGAGAAACAAUAGAUGAUCUCAGGAAUAGAGUGGAUAAGAUCAAGACUGAUGCAAGUGCGCUUCUCAAGAAGUUACAGAAAGAGAAAGAAGAUGAAAUGCUUGUGAAGGUUAAACUGGAGGUAAAUCAGCAAGAAUUGCAACAUCUUGAUGAUUGGUUGACUGACUUCAACAAACAGCUUGAACCAGAUGAAGAGUUAGAGAGUGGUGAUGAGGAAUUAAGUGCUUCGGACAUUCAGGAAAAACUCCUUCAAAAUCAUAAUCACCAGUUGGAGUUGAGUCGCAAGCUCCAGAAACUGAACAACAUUGAAGAGAGCAUUGAGCAGACCCUGGAUGCAGCCACCUGUCAGAUACCGGUCCUGGCAGAGCACCUUGACACCACCGUACGGCACCUUCACAACCGCAUGGAUACCUGUAAGAGAAACCUGGCAGACCAGAGGGAACACCUUAAGAUGCUGCUGAACACCGAGCGGCUGGCUCAGGAGUACCAGAGCGAUGUGGCCAAGCUCCAGGAUUGGCUGGAGCAGCAUAGAGGCUUGAUGUCAGCACCGGAGGGAGGAGUGACUAGCAAGUUGCCGCCUGUGGAAGUUGGAGCUGAGAUGCUGCAGCAGCAGGCUGAACUACAACAGGUGAGUCAGAUUGUAUUUCACCAACUGUUAUUGUGGUAUAUUAAUAAAUGUUUUAUCCACAUCUUCCCAGUAAGCAGGAUUUUGAUGUGAUAUUGCUUGGUGGAGGACCUGCUAAAACCUGUGGCUAAGAGUACUUAACCCUAAGGGGACUGGGCUAUUUGAAAUGUAUUGAGCUCGGGGGGGGGGGGGGGGGUAGGGGGGCAUGAUGGGACCCCUUCUGAUCUUGCCCGUCGUUCGUGCAAUUGCACCGAAAUAUGGCACGCACAUUUUUUAUGAAUAAAAUAUGCAAAUUUAUUAAUGAAAAACAUUGUUUGCAUAUUGAACACCAAAUUUUCAUCUUUUUUUUCCAAAUGUCAUCUUUGUAAUCUUGUUUAAAGGAUUCCGCAAAGAAAGAUUGCAAAAUUCAAAUUUUUCCUAAUGUAUUUCUUUGUUUUCAGAAUUUCUUAUGUAUUUUUUUUCAUCUUUUGUUUUCAUUGUUUUUUUUUCAAUUGAAAUUAUUAAACCAUUUAACAACUGAAUUAAAUCAUUAAUUAAUUAAGUAGACCAAUUAGAAUAAAAAUAAUCAUCCUUUUAUGAAUUGCAUCUCCCAUAUACAUGAAGUAUAAAAAUUAGCCAUUUUGGGCUUAACAUUCUCUUAUAAAAAGUCAUGUGGUGUCGCGAUGCUGUACCGGUAUGUCGUGAAUUUGGUCUC